AUGGACCAACUCGCCGGCAAUGAAAUCAGGAUCAUCGAACUUCUUCCUGGUGAAGAGGGUGCCCCCAUCAGGUGUAAAGCGCGCGUAGAGUUGGAGUCGCGUGAAAUAACGUACGAGGCACUCUCCUACGUCUGGGGUGAUCAUCUGAACCAGGCCACGAUCGAAGUGUCCGGACGAUCAAUACAGGUUACCAAGACCCUGCACGCUGCUCUCUGCCGGCUUCGUUUACCUAAUGAAAGCAGAUCGUUGUGGAUCGACCAGCUGUGCAUUAAUCAAGAUGAUCUGAAAGAAAAAGCAGCCCAGGUGCAGAAGAUGCGAUCCAUCUACUCCAACUGCACACGCUGCCUGGUUUGGUUGGGAGAAGUAGAGGCGCCGUUUGAAAUGCCUGAUACCGUUAAUGCAUUCUCCUUUCUCGAAGAUAUGGCGUCAAGCUUAGGCCCGGCCACCCAAGAUUCCGAGCAGAUUCGGUUGCGCCUUGGGUCAAUGCCUACAUUCCUGUCAGCUAUGAAGGCCCUGAAAAGUAUUUCUAUCCAGGAUUGCCCCUGGUGGCAUCGAGUAUGGACAGUUCAAGAAAGCAUCCUCCCCUCCGACAAAGUUUUCAUCUGGGGUCCUUUGCAAAUAACCUGGGAUACAUUGGUGGAUGCAUCCAAAGCAUGGAUUGAGGGCACUUUCUGGGAUUGGCUCGAUGGUGAAUACUGGCACGUUGCGAUUGACGAAGGCGAUUUGGGCCACUUCAUGGCAAGAAUCAUCUGGAUCCGGAUAGCGAAAGGUGGUGACGAUGAUUUCUUCAAGUCGGUGAUAAGAUGGCGCAGUCGAAAAGCGACAGACCCUUUAGACAACAUAUAUGCGCUAACCGGCCUGCACCCACCAGGCGAAUUUCCACGAAUCGAAAAGUGCGACUACAGCCUCAGUGUCGUCCGCCUAUACUCCGAGUUCACUGUAGACCUCAUCGACAAGUUUGGGCUGAUUAUUCUUGGUUUUGACCCACGUCUGGAGCCUGAGAUAGCCACGCCAGGCUUACCACGAUGGGCGCUUGACAUGAAGUCAUGGCCCAACCAUACAAUUUUUCACUGGUACAACUAUUGGGGCUAUCAUUACUACCAUGCGAACGACGGGUUAACGGUAGUUCCUGUUGAACACAACUCUGAAGAUAAUACUCUAGGUCUCAGCGGGAGCUUUGUUGAUAGAGUCAAGUUGACCGGUGAUGGGUAUUAUUUCACAGAGGAGGAAGGGGGGCAGCCUCCUGUUUCAUUGCUCAGGGGCUGGAUAGAGCUUUACAUCAGGGACCUUGAAUCUUCCAAGCCAAACACGUCAUCAGUUUCCAUAGCAACCAUCUUAACAGCUCUCAGAACGUUCAACAAACUUGUCAUUGGAGAGACCAUCCGGAAUGGCGAGUGGCAGGUUGAGCGGGAGGCCAUCGAUGAAGAUUUGGACAAAGUAACAAGGUUCAUCGAAACUGGGUCAGAAGAGUUCCGGAAUGACAGCAUCUCUGGCAUGGCAAGGAACCAGAGGUUCUUCGUAACAGAAAGGGGUAUGAUGGGCAUCGGGCAUCUAGAUACGAAGCCUGGUGAUGAAGUCUGGGUAUUCAGUCUCGGUGAAGUGCCAUUUGUCGUGAGACCAAAAACGCCGGGUGAGGCUCUGACUGAGCACUUUGAUUUCGUUGGGCAAUGCUAUGUACAAGGAAUCAUGCAGGGAGAAAUGUUUGAAGGAGAUGAGCCAAAACCUCCACAGCGGAUGAUUCAUAUACAUUAA